CUCAGACUCAGAGGGUCCCCCAACGCCUUCAGCUUGUCGUCAAGAAGUGGCCACCCAACUAUCGUCACCUCACUUCGAAGGCUCCAACAAAAUCUCAUGGCUUCUCUUUAUCUUCUCCUUCACUUUUCCUAUCGACCUGCUGAGAACUAGACAGACUCUACAAAGCCGAGUUUGUGUUCACAGGAAUUUUUUGGUAACCCCAAUUUGAGUUUUAGGGGUUAAAUUCAUAUUGGGUAUUCCAUGGAUACGCUGCUCAAAACACAUAACAAGCUCGAAUUCUUGCCGCAGCUUCACGGCUUUUCUGAGAAAUCGAGUUCAAGCUCCUCAAGACUUCAAAACCCGGAGCUUAGGUUUGGUCCCAAGAAGUAUCCUUGGAAAAGAGGUAGGGAUGGUUGUCUUAAAGCCAGUAACAGUGCUCUUCUGGAGCUUGUUCCAGAAACAAAGAAGGAAACUCUUGACUUUGAGCUUCCCAUGUAUGACCCAUCAAAGGGACUUGUAGUGGACCUGGCUGUUGUGGGAGGCGGCCCUGCAGGACUUGCUGUUGCCCAGCAAGUUUCACAGGCUGGGCUUUCGGUUUGCUCGAUUGACCCGUCUCCCAAAUUGAUUUGGCCUAAUAACUAUGGGGUUUGGGUGGAUGAAUUUGAGGCCAUGGACUUGCUAGACUGCCUUGACACCACCUGGUCCGGUGCUGUUGUGUACAUAGACGAUAAAAGCAAGAAAGAUUUGGAUAGACCUUAUGGAAGGGUUAACAGGAAGCAGCUGAAGUCAAAGAUGUUGCAGAAAUGUAUAGCAAAUGGGGUGAAGUUUCACCAAGCUAAAGUUAUUAAAAAGGAACACUUCCUCUGGUUAAAAUGAUCAACAACUUAAUACAGGAUAGAGACUAAGCUGAUCUUUGAUGUCCAAUUGUUGUAACUUAUAAGUUUAAUAUGUCGAUUCAUAUUUUUCUUCAAAAUAUUCCCCUUAUUGUUUAUAGCAAA